GCUGCCGCCGCCGUCACCGCCGCCGCCGCUGCCGCCGUCGUCGACCUCGCUGAGUGAAUCCUUCCGGUAGUCGGUGAAAAUCUCGUCGGUGGUUGUACUCCUCCGAGUCCUCCGUGCCGGGACGCCGGACGGGCAUCCUCCCCGAUAGUCGCGGUCGUUAGUUUGUGCGCGUGCGACUUCGUCGGUACUCCCGCGCCCUGAGAGAGAGAGAAUCGCUUUUUGGACAAGAGGAAGCCGCCAGGUGCGCGCGUCCGCUCCGCGGAGCUGCGAAUCGCUCGCCGGCGCCGCUCGCACGCCGCGUGCGGGAGAGAGAGAGAGACAAAGAGAGAGAGAGAGAGAGAGAGAGAGAGAGAAGAAGAUGUCGAGCUCGCAGCGUAUGCGAAAGUCCUCGCCAUGCUCGAAGCAGGGUCCGAUGCGCGCCACCCUGCCCGUGAGCUCGUUGCUCAGGCAGAGCCGGCAAGGAAGCAGUCUACGGAAAAGUAACAGCAACAGUCCCACCGUCUCGCCGACGAACGCGGCGGCCUGGCGGGCGCGCAUCUCGCCAGAGACGUCGUCUUCCUCGGGACAGCGGAGCCCCGGGUCCCUGUCCUAUAAAGCCAAAUCAAAAACGUUGAGCGGCCGCUGCACCGAUAGCUUGAGUGGAAGCCAAAACAUUCGACGAACAGCAUCGCUGGAUACCAUCUACUUGAAAGGACAGUGGCCACGUGACUCUUAUUAUCUGCAUUCCAGUCUUCUUCUGGUAGAUAAGUCUACUCAGACGGAAGAAUGGUCCAACGAACCGAGAAAAAUGCACACUCGUCACCCCACAGAUGAAAAAUUGGACACUCGUCAAAACACCACAGAUGAGAAAAAUCCUAAAGAAAAUUCUGUAGGAUUGGAAAAAUCUUACUUCAGGCAUCGGCACCUUGAUGCAUCGCCUCUUGAUGCAUUAUGUCGCAGAUUACAACGUUCAAAAGAAGGUACCAGCAGUAGAGAACGGACAGCGGCAUUUGGACUAAUCAUGCCAGGUCCACCGCCCGCACUUCCCGGAGAUCACUCAGUACUUCUGCCCAGUAUUGCUUCACAGACAUCUAUGCACAAUCAAUUCAGUUUGAGUACAAAAGCGAGUCCCAUGAAUAUCCCGAUGAAACCGAUGAGGCCUCCGAUGCGUUCGUCCAUCGAAGGACUCAAUCAGGAAAUCGAAGGAUUCGUGCUCAAAUCUUCGGCCAAUACCAGCGACGCAGACCAUCCAGUAGAAGACAAGUAUGCACGAUAUCGCGAACAAAUCACACCCGAAGGACAUCGCGCUCCUUUAGCAGACCUACUGCGGGCCACUCGGAGUGUUAACACACAAACGCCGGCUACCGACCUUCCCUCCAGUUCUUAUUCUUCAGGCCCUCCAUCUAGGAAUUCUGAGUCUCCGCUGAUUCCUGGUGUUAUGGAUGCGUCCCGUCCGCCUAGCGAUCUCUUACAAGGCGGAAGCCGCGGGUCAACGCCUGAACAAGACAGAGAAGGACGUCUCGGCACCUCCCCUCAUAUUAACAGGUUCCUGGCGAGAGAACCACCCGAUGGCUGUGAGAAAGUCAACCUCAAAUUCGUGGAAGAAGCAAGGCGGCCCAAAGAUUUGAGCAAACUAGACUAUUGCCCAAAGCCGUGCGUACCAUUCCAAUUGAAACCUAGCUUGGGAUCAGCGUUCCUGCCAUUGCAACAGCCGGCCAGUCCGACGAUGGUCGCGAGUGCAUCACCCUCCGCGCAUACAACACCGACCACACCUCCUCCAAAUCCAUAGUCCCACUCUUUACCCUACGGUGUUACACCUAUAAGCCCGAUUAGUAGACAUACACACAUAUAUGUAUACAUAUAUAUAUAAUACAUAUAUAAAUGUGUAUAUGUAUAUGUACAUAUAUAUAUAUAUAUAUACAUAUAUAUAUUUUUUUUUAACGACCAUGUGGGUAGGAAGUGAUUUACUUCGACAUAAAGGCAGAUAUACACCGAUAAAAGGAAAAGUUACCGAACAAAGAGGAGAAAAAGAACAGCCUGUUCCCAGUGCGCCCCGACAGUCGCGCUGCGAGCAUCGUAAAUUGUGUAAUUAAAAAGAGUUGCGAUGAUUGCAUUGAUAUAAAGAAAAAAAAAGAGAAAAGAAAGAAAAGAAGUAUUGGAAGGCAUCUGAGCUCCGUUAUAAUGUUCGAAACAAUAAUAAAUACGAGGAACAAUAAUUUGUGAUAACUAAAGAAAAAAAUUACAAAAAGAAGACAAACGACAACGUUUAGGAAUGAACAUUGUGUUCUACAGGGAAAAAGACUAAUGAAAUUGUGUAUUCUAAAUUUAGUGCUAAAGUGUGCUAAACGACUUUAGUUUUGUAUACACGGAUAAAUAUUCAAGAUGAGACAAAAAGAAGUAUUAAAUUUGAUUGUUGGAAUAAACGGAAAUUAUACGGAUACAAAGGAAAAGAGCAUGUGUGCACUGUAUAUAUGUAUACAUAUGUAUACACAUGUGUACGCAUAUAUACCCAUAUGUAUAUACAUCGCUGCCCGUCUAUGAUGUUUUCAUUAAAUUUUUAUCGUUUCAAGUAAUUCGACUAAGUAGUGACAGAGAGGGAGAGAAAGAGAGAGAGAGAAGGAAAAAGAGAGAGAGAGAGAGAGAGAGAGAAAGAAAGGUGAAUGAUUUGUUAUAGAAUUUGUAUCGUUUUGUAUUAUUACUUGUACGCUAAAAAUAUUCUCAAACUAUUAUUGUACGAGGAGCUAGAAAAAAUAUUGUAUCCCUGUGCAUCUUCGUCUCACGGAAGUGGUCUCACACGAGGAGGUUUUCUGUUCAGGGCGAAACGUGCGGGCAGUUGGUUGUCACGAACUUGACACGUCGUGUGCACGUGGAUGUGCACAAAUUUAUUUCCAAUCGAAUAUAUAAGUUGAUUUAAUAUUUUUAACUUAAGAUUCACAAUCAAAGAAUCAAAGUCUCAAUAUUUCAGAGCGUUGCAUUCGCUGUUAAUAAGACACUUUCUCCUCGUCGUUCUUCCGUUUUGUGUCGACGAUGAUACCAUAGGGCUGCGAUAUAUUUUUCGUUUAUCUUAUGUUACGUUAGAUAAUCUGAAUAUGUACAACCAACACACAACAUGCAGUGACAGGUUGACGAAUGUAUGACAGAAUGACCCAACGACACAAGAUGGAUAUGUAUUGAGUACAGAGAUGAUGAAUGAUAAUAUUAAAUAUUGAUUGAAGUGACGCGACAUGUGCUUUCGCCAGUGUGGUAUCAGAUGUGCAUAAAAAAAAGAAAAACGGCUCCCUAAUCUGGCGUGGAAUACAGAUGUGCGUGUAUGUUUUUUGUAUAAACGCGGAUGAUUAUUUCGAAAAAUAUAUAAUCUGCGUCUUAUGCAAGCGACAGUAUGCAUGUGUUGUAAUAUCAGAAUCCUGAUAUUAAGCCAUCCACGAAUAACUUUGAUAACAAAUGAUUGUUAACAAGAAGCACGUUAUACACGUGAAAUGUUCACUAAAGUGCAGGAUGGUUACUCAUUUCUAAAAAAAGAAAAAAAAAGAAAAGUAAAGAAAAAACUUGUGUUGCAUUACAUUAGACAAUUAGAAAAUUGAAGAAAGAAAGAAAAAAGAUUAGAGAUGAGAAAAAUGGGUGUGUCGCUUCCAUUUUUACCGAAGAUACUUAUCGCGAUAUUAAUUAACAAAGAUCUUAAAGGAGAUUAUUAAAAUACGAAUGUGAAAAAGAGAAAAUGCGAGGGAGAGAGCGAAUGGAAAAAAAUUGUAAGUUAUUCGUGCGAUGGGUUAAGUUAUUGUUUAGUAUACGCAGACACAUAGCCACUCAACGAGUUCAAUUUAUUUUUUGCUUUCUAAUACGAACGUUUUGCAAACGGUUUUUAUAGAUUACAGUCAGUGGAGAAGAGAAAAUAAGAAUCUUAAUAUAGAGUGUAAAGUCGAGAGUGGAAGAAAGCGAUUUUUUAAAUACAAUAGUAAAAUAUACUUUCUAAUAAUAUAAUGUAUAUCUAGCUACGCGCGACAGUGAAGAAGAGGAGGAAGAGAGGAAGAGGAGGAGGAAGAAAAGACGAAGAAAAAUAAGAAGAGAAAGAGGAAGAAAAAGAUGAAGAAGAAAAGAAUGUUAACACAUAAGUACCUGGCACACUGGUCUAUGCUCUCUCUUAUCCAGCUCACUAGGAAGUUCAUGCCUUAGAAUGCGUGGUAAGGUGUGCUACAUAGACAAGAAGGUUAAUCAGAGGGUCAGGAUACACGCAAAACGCACUGGCUAGUUUAAAGUGUACACAAUACAAAGAUACUGUAGUAUUUACUAGCUUAAGAGAACCUCGUUUUUAUUUAUUUUGCUACAGAUCUAUAAACGACACCUCGUAAAUACCACCUUGUCGCAUCGAUACUUCAGUGUGAACGUAAAGCAGCUUCGAAGGAAAAAAAAUGAAAAAAAAAAGAAUAACAGCGUAUUCAAUCACACGUAAUUCUGUCUUGUUCGUGCUUUGCACCUACGCGGAGGACUUUCCGACGUUUUAACGCGAGUGAAACGAGAGGUGGGAGCAGGUUUUUUCGUAUUUUCAACAGUGAGUAGUAGUUGAGGAAAGAGGAAAAUGAGAAAGAAAAAGACAAAAAAAGAGGAUCAUUUCAGCGAAUACGCGCUAGCCUCGUUACUUUUCACCGCACUCUCUCAAAGGCUCCACUUUUUAACCUUCGUGUACUUGCAUAAUGUGUUAUCAUUACUGUUAGCUUUUGUUGUCAAUCUCAUGAAACGGAGUUAAUGCGUAAUGAAGACUGCUGAAACUCAAAGAGAUCGCCUGUCAUAUUCGUAUAUACCUGAGAAAAGACCUAAAGUCAAAUAAAAUUAGGCUCAAAUCACACCGCAAUUUUACCUAUGUAAGUAUACUCUCUUUGUAAUUCAUUACUAAGUAAUCUCCUUACGUGACUACCGGUACAUUCUCUCUACAUAUCUAAAUCUGAGCAGGCUUCAGAAUGGCAAAAUGAUUAUGUCAAUUAAAAAUUCGUUUAACCUUAGGACUGUCUAGAUGUAUUGUUGCAGUAUCUUGCACAAAACGAAGAAAAAAAAAUGAUUGUUGAACGUGUAUUGUAAUUCGUAAGAUGCUCAGAAUUAUACAAACUUUCCAGUACAUAAAAAAAACAUGUAUGUUGUAUAAAAUAUCUUAAAAAAAAAUUUUAUAUACCUGCUGAAAUUAAAAUGCAACUUUUAUUCACUGUUUUAUAAUAAAUAUAUGAAACAUUUAUAUUGUUUUUUUACUCUCUCUCUCUUCUUAUAGAGGAACUCUGUUGCGACCUGUUGUUGUUUCGUCGAGAUUGUCGUUUUUUACAUGUGUACGCGUGUAAAUGUUGUAUGUAAUGUUCACAUGCAACACGAGAGCGAUAUGUUACUUGCGACGAUUGAACGCCACGUGUAUCACUUGGAAAAGUUUGAAAUUUUGCGUUAUAGUUUCACUCCUAAGGAGGUGUUUCGAUCGUCAAGAUGUAACUUGCAAUUGUUCACGAACGAUCAUAAAUGAGCAGAAAAGUGGAAAUACCAUAUAUCGCAUUACAAUCUGUCGUGUUAAUUUACUUGGAAAAUUCAACUGUAAGAACUCACAGACGCAGGUUUGGCAUCUCCCGUGUGUUCCGCAAAGAGUAUCUUACAACGUUAAUUUUUUAUACCAUCAAUUUUACCCCGCUCCGUUUUGAGAUCAUUUCGAGCGCUUGUUUGACUUCUGGCCGGUCCUAAGGCUAAAUCGACGUUACUCAGCGAAGAGGAAAUCAGAGCGUGUGUAAAUAAUAAGCUGUUGACGCUUCUUGUAUUAACAACUCAGACGACAUAGUUUCCCCGUGAAGCGAAACGACCGAAGCUCGUCGCGCGGACAUUCCGCGUCGUAAAAUAUAUUUACAAAGUGUACAAGUUACAAAAAAUUAUAAAUGCGUAAGAAUGCGUGCUGUCCACCACGAGCGGCUGGAUAUCUGAAACCUGUUUGACAAUUGUAGGUCAAUGUGUGAUAUAUUACAUGCACGCACAGCAAGACCAUUUGUUAACGUGUAAAAUGUGCUAUUACGUUCUUUCCGUUUUUUUUCCUUUUUUCUUUUCUUUUUUUAAGAAUGAUGUUUUUAGUCUUUCUUUCUUUCUUACGAUACACAUAUAUGUAUACUUCGUUAUUCUGGACAAUUUUUAACGCGGAAAUAAUGCUUUUGUGUGUGUGUGUGUGUGUGUGUGUAUGUGUGUGCAUGCGUGAAUACGUAUGCGAGUGUGUACGGUAGGAAAUGUUUUACGAGAUAUUUUUCGAUUAGUGCUACUUGGCCCGAGAAUCAGUCCUGUAUCAGUAUUGUAAAAAAAAUAUAUAUAUAUAUAUGAAAUUUUUUUGUAACGGACGAGAAUUCGGUGAAGUACGCGAAAUGAAUAUAUAUCCGGAACAAAGGUAGUGAGAUGCAAUAUUCACGAUGAAUUGUGUGAUACUCGGCGCGGUCGCCAAAAUCGGCUGUCGCGAACACAGCGCGUGACGCGCGAAUAUGAAUCGUAUUUUUGUAAUUACUUUGCACUCUUCGUUGAUUUCGUUCACGCCGUAUAUUCACGCCCGCCGAGACAACCAGCUGAGAUCCCAGAGGCCGGGCGGAUUGUAGACACGCUAUUACUUUCAUUACUCUCCCGUGAUUCUUUCUCCUCUUCCCUUCGUUGGCAAAAGCGUCAAAGCACCAACAGUUUUCAAGCGAUCCUCGAAGAUAACGGGAUGUUCUCGCAGAUGCUGAGUGAAAAAAAAUUCCUCAAAUGACGUCUUUCGAACACCGCCCUCCGAAGUGACGCUCUCGAGAAGAGAGAGAUCGCGAUUGUUGCAAAGCCGGGAAUCGGCCGGGAAGACGACGUCAUCGUGGCGAAAAAAAGCGUCAAUAGCGCGACUCGCUAAAUUCUCCAACGCGAUCUCCGCGCGCAACAUACACAUCCGCAUUACGAAAUUAACGAGCGUGUUAUUGUUAGCGGUCUUGAACUCUGUAGAUAAACACACUUCGCGCCUUUUAGUCCUCCGUCUAUCGAAUGCUUCGAUGCGUGUUACACGGUGCUUCGGGUUGAGAAUGUACAUGUUUGUCUUCUCUCUGCCAUUCUUCGUUCGAGCGAGUGACGUGGAUGAUUCAAUAACGGCCGAUACUACGCGAUUGUGUGACGAUGUUAGCGUACUUUAAGCUGAUUCUCGUGAACAAUUGGACGUGCACAUCGACCGUCGCGCGGUCGCUUCGCGAAGCGACAUAUAAUUCUCUCACCGAUUCUCAUUCUCUUCGCGUGUGACCGUAGGGAAGAGAAGAGAACAAUGUUAAUAGCGAUAAGUAUACUCGUAUAUAAGUCAGAGCAUACCCUGUGCUAUAUUAAGGAGAGAUAAUAAGAGGAUAAAACUAAAGGGAACUUCUCUCUCAAUAUGGAAAGGUGAGCACAGCCAAAGUGUUGCCUAGUACAAAUAUAUUGUAAAGAAAAUCGCGGACUGUUGGUCGAACAGGCCCUUCGAAAAGUGCUAAUCCGCGCGCUCUCUCGCGCGCGGGUUCCUCUUUCACCCGCUCUCCCCCUUUCCCUCGCCCUCUCCGCGAGGCACACCAGAAUCGAUGUUUGAUCUUACGCGAGAGCUCCCUCUUUGUAUUAUCUUACCUCUCCAUAGUGAGAACAAUAUAUUCUAUGUAAAUUGUUGAAAAUUUGUGGUUUUUUCUACACGCGCAAUUAGUUUGUACUCUCUCUCCGAUCUACUCUAUCUACCGGCAUAAUACCGUACAUGUACUUAUUCCGAUAACGAUAUGCACCUUUAUUUUUGUCAUAAGGGAUAAAUGGAAAAAAGUGUACCUUUUUAUAUUACUAUUAAGGCGCCUUAUGCAUAAAUAAACUUUUUAGAAAAACGGGA